GUCUGAACUUAUUUACUUUAUCACCUCAUCACAUGCUUAAGCAUAUGCAUGUGACUGUAGCAUUAUAGCAUACAAUAUUGACCCAUUUUAGCUACUUAACCAUAACAUAAUACUAAAUUAAGGCACAAAGGAAUCUGUUUAGCCUUUAGUUAUGGAGCUUACUUCGUCUGUAAAUGAUACAUGGAAGUAUUUUGCUGCUGGAAGCUUUGCUGGCUUCUUCCUGCUGCUUCUUUUAGCCUAUCAAACACACCCAUAUACUAACUUAUUAGCUGCACCAAAUUCGGUCGUAGACUUGACUCCAUUAUUGGGUCACAUUGAUGCAGCUAAUGCUAGUCCAGCAGCCAACCCAAUUCUGCAGGACCGUGCUGACGAUUUGGGUGAGGCCGGUGCAGCUAAUUCUAGCACCGCGGCCAAGCCUGUUCUGCAGGGUCCUGCUGAUGAUUUGGGUGAGACUGAUGCAGCUAAUUCAAGUACUGUUGCCGAGCCUGUUUUGCAGGACAGUGCUGAUAGUUUUGACACUGAUGCAAUGAAUUUGAAUAUUUCAGUAGAGGAAUCAGAGAAAAAGAGUGAAAAGAAAUGUGAUAUAUUUGAAGGGAAAUGGGUGUACAAACCAGAAGAAGAUCCUGGGUAUGAUUCAGUUCGGUGUCCUUUUAUUGAGGAGAAGAUGAGUUGUCGAAAAAAUGGAAGACCGGAUUUUAAGUAUGAGAAUUGGAGGUGGGAAGCUAGGGACUGUGAUAUACCAGUGUUUAAUGGAACAUAUAUGCUAGAGAGGCUAAGAAACAAGAGAGUGAUUUUAGCAGGGGAUUCACUAAACAGAAAUAUGUGGGAGUCAUUAGCAUGUCUUUUGUAUUCCUCCAUUCCAUCAUCUACUGUUGAAGUUCAAGCUGUAAAUCCAGUUUAUAAAGUUUUGAAAGCCAAGGAAUAUAAUUGUACAGUUGAGUUUUAUUGGAGUCCUUUUCUAGUGGAAUUUGUUGAAAAGCAUGUGAGUGGUAAAAAAGUUCUGGUGCUCGACAAGCUUUCACAAAAUUCUAUGGAGUGGUUAGGGGCUGAUGUUAUGGUGUUCAAUUCAGGACAUUGGUGGCUUCAUGGGGGCAAAAUGAAGUCAUGGGAUGUGUUUGAAUACGAGGGAAAACUAGUGAAGGAAAUGCCAAUUGAGUUAGCAUACGAACGAGCAAUGACAACAUGGGCAAAAUGGAUGAAGAAGAAGAAUAUUGAUCCUAGAAAAACAAAUGUGUUUUUCAGGAGUCUUUCAGCAGUGCACCAAACAUCACAAGACUGGUGCUAUAAUGCAACACAACCUAUAACAGAUGACUCCUACAUAACACAAGCCCACCAUUCGGAUACAUUGGUAGAGGUAAUCCAAAGGGUGAUACAGGGAAUUAAGAAAAUACCCGUAAAAUACUUAAAUAUCAGCAAAUUGUCUCAAUAUAGAAGGGAUGCUCAUCCAUCAAUAUAUAGGAGUAGUCAAUGGAAAGUUCUAAUCAAAAAAUUUGAAGAUAAUUUAGCAGGUUAUGCCGAUUGUAGUCAUUGGUGUCUACCUGGAUUGCCAGAUACGUGGAAUAGAUUAUUGUAUGCUUUACUUUUCUUUGAUGCUAAUGUUGAUAAUUUUAGUUCUUAGCACUUAACUAAUAACCCUUGUUUUACUUUUUAUUUAUUUUAUUUUAUUUUAUUUUUUUCUUUUUGUGGGUAAAAGAAAAAUACAUUAAGUAGAAAGGUGGUAGUGAUAGUGGAAGUGGUAAUCGCACAGCAGCGCAAGCUAUGAUUCAGCUCGCUAACUACUCCUUUGCCUUUUAUGAAACAACAACACUUGUCAUUUUUUUUAUGAUCUAAAUAAUUUGAUCAAUGCUAUUACAAUAUUUGAAAUAUUUGUGU